AUGAUUUCAAAAAGAUUGAACAUAGAAACUAUAGGAAAGCGCUUGAGAAUAUUAUUUUGGAUUACAAAAUCAGAGGAGGAUGGAAACCCUGAGUUACCAGCUGACUACGCCUUAGCUGGUAAUAGUGAACUACGUCUUCCCUCGGGGAAUAGACUACGCCUCUAUUGCCAUGUUGCAACUGGGAACUACGUCUUUCUGGUUGUUAGACUACUUCGAGAGAUUGGGGAUAUAUUUAAUGUUCAUGGUUGUUGGGAGUGGGAGGACGGCAAGAUUAUAAUUUUUGAACUUCCGUCAGAUCCGCACAAUAUUUGUAAUGCAGCGAUUGUUGCAGAAGUAAUUAACGCUUGCCAAAAUAUUUUAAGGACUGAUGCCCGUAUAUAUAAUCUUGGUUCAGCUCAAGAAGCUGAUGCUUCGUUUAUCCCAAAAAAACUCCACUAUUUGGGAAGGGAUGAAAAUGUAUCAUUCGUUCCUUUAUUGAUUUUGAACUCUUGA